GCUUUAAGAAUUCUAUUCAUGUCAUUGCCUAGAGAAGAUUAGAGUGUGAGUAUAGGUGGCAUCUUUAUCCUUGACAUUUGUCCGAUUUACUACUGUCUUUGCAAAUGGUAUUUUUUGAAUAGUGUAUUAUUUUCUUUCUGUUUCUCUGUGUAGGAUUCAUGUAUAUUUUAGAAUUCAUAACAUUGCUAUUUGAAGGCUAAACUCAGUAUUAAAUUUAUCACCUGUUAUUCCAGCUUCUGUUAGUAGGUAAAAAUUAUAUCAUGAACUAGUUAUGAGCUGCUUAUAAAAAGAUGGAGAUUAAUAUAUUGUCUAGUAUUUUGAGCCUUCAUGAGAAAGAUAUGAAACUUUAUAUAUGAUCAUGAGUUGGGAGCUUUUUGGAUUAAGUAAAACUACUGUAAAGCUUGUUAGGAUGCUAAGGAAGUAGAAGGUGCAGUCUUUACGAGGUGAAAGGAAAUCAAUCAAUCCAGGAGUUAGAAGAAUAAAUACAAUUACACUGUAUUCCCAAAGUAGUGUACAAACUUGCAUAAUAUAACCAGUGGAGCCCUGAAAAUUGGAGAAGUUUGUGGAGGAGGAGGCCUAUUAAAGGACAUAGAUUUUGGGUUGGUAGAGAACAUAAUUAAUAAGCUGAAUUAAGGUAUAGGUAUCUGAGGUGGGGCAAUAAGGAGACAAAUGUAAUUAGAAUAGGGGUCAUAUUAAGGAAUAGUGAAAUACAGUUAACUGGGCUAAGGGGACAAGACAGAGGCAGGUUGAGAAAUGUGUAUAUUAGACGUGGUAAGAACACUGCUGGGAGCAGGUUAGAUUAAAAAGGAGAGAAACUGACCAGGAAGCUGUCAUUAAUUUGGGACCAAAGAUGGGUGUUAAGAAAAAUUGUGGGAGAAAAUUGGGAAGUGGACUUGUUUACUGAAUAGGAAAAAGAAUGAAUCAAGACAGGAUUAAGAAAAUAAUGUUGAUGGGCAUAAGGAAUUUAGGGAGAGCAAAUGACUUGGGGGAUGUUUAGAAAGAAAAUGAUUUUAGUUUUAGAAUUGUUGAAAGAGAUAAUAGGGCACCUGAAGGGAAUUGGCUUUGGUUACAUGGAGAGAUGAGACCAGAAUGCACAUAAAAAGUAAAAGUGGAGAGAUGAGGAAGCCAUCUUAUUGAUGGUCAAAGUUGAAACCUCAAAGUAGCUACAUUUUUUAAAAGAAUAAGGAAGCAGAUGACGUGCUAAGAACAUGGAAGAUGGACUUAAUGAAAGUUGUAAGAGGGAGAGGACAAAAGGGAUGAGAAAAGUAGGAAUGCAGUGUAAUGAAAGCAAGGAAAGCUACUUUGAAAAUUUGAUGUUGCCGUUCUUAUUCUCAGAAGUGAGUGUUAGGUAAGACCAGAAGGAUGCCUAGGUAAUCUUCAAGUUAUGCUUUGAAGAUUUAAUGGUUGAUAGGUUAAAAAUGUCUACAUGCUGAGGAAAAUACCCUUGUCCUUCAAAUUUAUUGCCUUGCACUUGAGUUUAAGGAUGAUUUAGGAUAGAGGAAUUCAGCUAGUUAUGCUCCAGUUUUUUCUCUCCUUUUGGAUUAUGAGGAAAUCCAAGAACAAAUAAAUAAUUGGGUAAUAUUUCUAUUUUACUGUUUGACGUAGGACCUUUCUUUGAAUUCUCAGUGACAGGUCACUGUCUUCUGAUAUCUCCCUUCAGCUAGCUUUUACUCUUCCUAAUGAUGAGUAGAAAGAAGUUUCUGAUACCUAAUCUUUCUUUUGAAAUUGGGAGAUAAAAAUACCUUAGUAAUGUUGAUUUGAGUGAAUUUAAUGCUUUUUUUUUUUUUUCCUUCUGUGUGUUUACAGAUGGGGCAUGAAUGGGUUUGGUUGGAUUCUGAACAAGACUAUCCCAAUGACUCUGAGUUGAGCAACGACUGCAGGUCCCUCUUCAGCUCAUGGGAUUCCAGUCUGGAUCUUGAUGUGGGCAGCUGGAGGGAAACUGAGGAGCCAGGGGCUGAGGAACUAGAGGAAAGCAGCCCAGGGAGAGAAGCUAGUGAGCUGCUUGUGGGGGACGGAGGCAGUGAGGAGUCUCAGGAAGAGACAGAGCAAGUCAGCCGCCAGAACCUCCUCCACUUUCUCUCUGAGGUAGCUUAUUUAAUGGAACCAUUGUGCAUUAGCAGCAAAGAAUCACGUGAAGGCUGCUGCCCUCCAUCUGGUACCAGACAGCCAGAGGCGAGGGAGUUUGAAGCUGCUGAAAGAGAAGGGGAGCCCUGUAGAGAGUCUAAGGAGCUUUCAGCCAAGGUAGAGCCUUUGGUAGCAGAAAAGUCAUCACUGGGAGAAAAUGAAAGGCCAGAGGUGGCUUCAGGUUCCGCAGAUAAUUGGGCACUUCAGGAACACCCCACAGACAGUGAAGAGGGAGUUGUUCAGCAAGAAUCCAAAGGGGAGGAUCAGGGUGAAGGGUAUGUGUCAGAGAUGGAAGACCAGCAUUCUUUAGGUGACUGUGAUGAUGGCUUCAGCAUCCAGGAGACUCCUCUGGUGGAUAUGCUUUUCAGCCAUGCCACCUCCUCAAAGCUGUCUGAUCUAGGCCAUGGUGACCCUGUUCAGGAUCACCUGCUAUUUAAGAAGACUCUCCUGCCAGUCUGGAAGAUGAUUGCCAGUCACAGGUUCAGCAGUCCAUUUCUGAAGCCUGUGUCAGAAAGGCAGGCCCCAGGAUAUAAAGAUGUGGUGAAAAGGUCAGUGGAAAAGGGGUCAAGAAAGGUUGGUUGCUUUUAUAUCUGUCUUUUCAUGCUUUAUUUCCCAUCUAGUAGAGCCUUUCUUUCUUUCUUUCUUUCACCCAUGGACUUAACUAGCCUGAAAAGGAAUCUGUCUAAGGGACGGAUUCGCACCAUGGCUCAGUUCCAGCGGGACCUGAUGCUGAUGUUCCAAAAUGCUGUGAUGUACAAUGACUCUGAUCAUCAUGUGUACCAUAUGGCUGUGGAGAUGCAGCGAGAAGUCUUGGAGCAGAUUCAGGUACUAUAG